GCACAGAGGGGGAGAGUGGAGAGGCUGCGGAGGGAGCAGCACGGAGGCCCGGAGAGCCAGAGCGGAGCUGAGGGAUUCAAACACCGAGAGACCGCCGCGGCCGGAGCCGCUGCUGCUGCGGGGCCUGCAGGACUGUCUGUUGUUCGGGGGGGGGGGAUUGAGGACCACUGCGGCCGGUGCACACGCGAAAACCCGGCGGAUCCCGCGCCCACCCGGGCCCGGCUUCGGGUCCUGGUCCGUCAAUGCUGGAGAAGGAUCCGGAUCAGGGCUUGAGUCCAGCUGGAGGCGCGGCUGCGUCCGACUAGAGCCGUGGAGAUGAGGCUAAGCUGGUGGGGCUGCGCGCUGCUGCUGGGGGCUGUAUGUGCAGGGCUGAGUGGAGGCGGGGCCGGCGCCAUGGAGUGUUUGUACUACAACGUUAACUACGAGGUGGAGAACACCAACCGGAGCGGGGUGGAGCGCUGCGAGGGCGAGGAGGACAAACGCCUGCACUGCUACGCCUCCUGGAGGAACAACUCAGGAUCCAUCGAACUCGUGAAGAAAGGAUGCUGGCUGGAUGACUUCAACUGCUACGACCGGCAGGAGUGUGUAGCCACCGAGCAGAACCCUCAGGUCUUUUUUUGCUGCUGUGAAGGAAGCUUCUGCAACGACAAGAUGACCCACCUGCCUGACCCCAGCAGACCAGUCAUUAAGGCUCCGCCCACCAGCAUCCAGGUGCUAAACAUGGUGAUCUACAGCCUGCUGCCCGUCUCCAUGCUGUCUGUGUUCCUGCUCGCCGCCGUCUGGAUGUACCGCCACCGGAAACCUCCAUAUGGACACGUGGACAUCAGCGAGGACCCCAGUCCUCAACCUGCCUCCCCCCUGCUCACGCUCAAGCCUCUGCAGCUGCUGGAGAUCAAAGCCAGGGGGCGCUUUGGCUGCGUGUGGAAGGCUCAGUUGCUGAACGAGUUUGUGGCUGUCAAGAUCUUCCCCAUCCAGAACAAGGAGUCAUGGCAGAACGAGACGGAAGUCUUUCAAACGCCGGGCAUGAAACACCAGAAUAUCCUGAGGUACAUCGGCGCCGAGCGGCGGGGGAACCACCUGGAGGCGGAGCUUUGGAUCAUCACAGAGUUUCAUGAGAGGGGCUCGCUGUCAGACUUCCUGAAAGGAAAUGCGAUCAGCUGGUCUGAGAUGUGCCACAUCGCCGAGACGAUGGCGUGCGGCCUGGCGUACCUCCAUGAAGACCUCCCCCGGCUGAAGGGAGAGGGACACAAACCAGCCAUCGCUCACAGGGAUUUUAAGAGCAAGAACAUAAUCCUGCGCACAGACCUGACCGCCGUCAUCGGAGACUUCGGCCUCGCCGUCCUCUUUGAGGCGGGGAAACCUCCCGGGGAGACACACGGCCAGGUGGGCACCAGGCGGUACAUGGCUCCAGAGGUUCUGGAGGGGGCCAUCAACUUUCAGAGGGACGCCUUUCUGCGUAUCGACAUGUACGCCAUGGGGCUGGUGCUGUGGGAGCUGGUGUCUCGCUGCAAGGCUGCUGACGGUCCGGUGGAUCAGUACCUGCUGCCGUUCGAGGAGGAAGUGGGUCAGCAUCCGUCUCUAGAGGACCUUCAGGAGGUCGUGGUCCACAAGAAGAUGAGACCGGCCUUCAAGGAGCCAUGGCUCAAACACAGCGGUCUGGCUCAUAUCUGCGAGACGGUGGAGGAGUGCUGGGACCACGACGCCGAGGCCCGCCUGUCUGCCGGCUGCGUGGAGGAGAGGAUCUCCCAGAUCCGCCGGCUUUACCCCACUUUCACCCCACCUACCUCUGACCUGGUCUCCACGACCGUCACUAUGGUCACCAACGUAGACCUGCCCCCCAAAGAGUCCAGCAUUUGAGGGGGGAAAGACUUCAUUCGUGGAGAAGCAAGAGUCUGGAAACAGAACUUUGUCUUGUUCUCUCAGAGGGCGGUUCUUGACGCAGGAACCUGCAGCUGCUAUUUUUACGUCCGGACUCCAUGUUUUGUGUUUUUGUCAUCUCUUCUUCUCGUGUCUUCUCUCCGUCCUCUGGACAGCGCCGACUGGCACGUCCUCGGCCGUCUGCCACACUGAACACAUCCAGGUCCGACUCGGUGAAUGAUCUCUUCUCUUCGUACCUCAGCAGUCUUCAACUGGAGUCAGUCCUCCGACCCUGACAGCAGGAGGCUCAUGUUUUUCUUUCAGAAGCUGCCAAGCCUCUGAGAAGACUGUUAGAGUGGACAGGAACUGAGCCUCUUUUCUUACCUUCCUGUUUUUAUGGUUCUCACGGGAUCACGCCUUCGCAGACCAACCUCUGGGUUUGUAUCCAUGAGGAGAAGAAACGAGGAAUGAUGUCAGAGGGAGCGGCCUUCCUCUCUCUUCUCCAGUUCAGUAGUAGCCGACCUUCAGGGAUCGUUUUUUUUUUCAGUUAGGGAGAGAAACCCGGAUGGAGCGCAGAACCCCGCUGGGGCAGCUUGUAGAAGGAAUAAGAUCUGGACGAUUUUCGCUCAGCUGCAGCACGGAUCGGAUGGACGCAAAACAUCUCAGGUAACCAGGUCUGUGGGGAUUGGAUAUGAGCGAGGGACGGACUUUAACGCCAGGAAGAGGCGGGGCCAGUGCGGGACGUGGCUGAUAAAAGCUAAUCUGAGGUGCUGGAAGAAACGGCUAUCUUGAUCGUGUAGAGUUUCUGGGUGCGCUCAUGCAUUCAGCUGUGUCGUGCUUGUCAGCAUGUGUACGUGUGUCAGAGCGGUCACAUGAUCGAUUGUCUGCUUAGGUUUUCUGCCUUUGCGUCCCCUGGAGAUCUGUGACCUUUGACUUCUGCUUCACUGCUGGGAACUUUUAGUUUAUUUUUAAGUUAUUGGCCUUUUUCUGUUUCCUGUUACAGCCUUGCGGAAUGUAGCCUGCAGCGCCCCCUGGUGGCUCUAAAAAAUACACCUUCGGUGUCGGUGAUCGUAAUAAUCAAAAAACCCAAUUCUCACCCAAACCUCCAGAGCCAGAACAGAGCGUGCCGUCAGAGACCCGCCGCCGUUUUUCUUCUGCGCUUUGGUCAGAUCAGGAGAAGACAGCUGAGCGAAGGUUUCUACCUCACAGCGGCCUCCAGCGUUCAGCUGAAGCACUGGCUGCCAUUUUCUCUGCCCAUUCCAGUUGAAGUCAAAGGUCAUAUGACCACCUGGGUACCUGUUCUCUAAGGGAGGCCACGCCCUCACCCUGAAAACAAACCUUCUGUGUCUUAGUGUAAGGAUGAAUGUCCAUGCUGCUGCUGAAUGAAAAUGAGGUGAAAUGUUUCUACUGUCAGUUUCCUUUGCCUGCAUUAGGUCAUGUGACAUGAGGGGGCGGAGCCUCCUGGGCGCACAAAUCACCUCAACAGCAGAAAUACCUCAGAAGACUUUUCUUCAAACCUCAGUUGUCAUUUUUUCCGUGGAGCUCGUUUCGGGCGGGAAAACGUCUCCUCACUGCUGAAGAAGAACAAACCUCGGUGCUGCAGACGAAACCUUCACAUGUAACUGCCAGUCCGUUCCAGUCACCUGGACCUCCCUCCUGCCCCUGCUCUCCUGGGCUUUGCUCUCACCUCUCACUUCCUGGUGUCUUCUUCUGUUCCGACUCCAGGAGCGCCUCAUUCUAACCUGACAGGCAUCAGGGGGGAGGCGUUCCUGCAGACUUCAGUUUUUCGUUUUCAGGAGCAGCUUUCGUCGCUAUGACGAUACCGUCACACAGGUUGUGACUUGGAAAAAAAAGUGGACCUCACUGAUGCAAACGUGGCGUGAGUCCCAUAGUGAUUAGAACACCUCCGCUCUACGCAUUUCUCAGUAUUAACCUCAAAAUGAACAAGAAGAAAACGGAUUGAAUGAAUUCAGUUUUGUAAACGAAUAGUAUUUAUAGCAAACAAUGAAGCUCUGUCAAACCCGAUUCUGGGCUAACAAAUCCACAAAUAAAAUCUGCAGUGUCACCUGCUGUGAAACGUGCAUUAAACAAGAACAACCUUUUGUUUCUGACAGCCAAACAUCAAGGACGGAAGCUGAAUAUUUGUCUGUGAAAAUACUGACUUAAAUCUACAAACAGAAAACGUGAUUUGAAACAGAUAACAUGAGAAAAUGUGUGUAAGCUUUGUGAGGAUCCGGCGCACUCUGCUGGAUUCUGCAGAAGAAUCGGGUAAAACAAAAAACAUUUACAUAAAAACCAACCAGAUUCCUCGCAGGCUUUCUGGAUAAGUAAGUAGCCCCGCCUACCUAAUUAGCAUAUACAUAAAAAAUAACUACAAAAAGGAAAAUAUGUAUGUUUUAAAUUAAAAUUUAUUUAAAGUGAGUCUUUUGUCUGUCCUCUGUGCGUGACGGACUGAUGUCCACAGUGCCAUAACCCCGCUGGGCUCGUGCACAGCAGAGCACGCAAGGCGAAGUUCCAGGUGGCAGGAAGGAGCUGAUCUCCUAAAAUAAAAGCCUGUGGUCAGGUGUUUCUGAGCUUUUAUUUUGACCUGAAGCUGAAGCUCACUUCAACAUUUGAUGUUCAGAUUCUAUAUUUUUAUUGUUUUUUUUAUUUACGGUGCUGCUUUGUUUGUAGAGACAAGUUGUUAUUGUUAGCCGUGUUAGAAGACAGUUGUGUGUUUGUGCGUCUGCGAGUGUGUUCCUACUAAAGUCGUGUUCCUGUUUUCACUCAGACCAGUGCUGUAUAUGAAUGAAUGUACUCAGUGCACACUUCCAUGCACGCAAACACAAACUGUUAGACUUGUGGUUGUAGAAUUCUUUCAGCUGAAUCUUUUUGUACACAGAAAUGAAGAAUAAAAGCUAUUUGAUCAUUUGAAAUUCAA